UUUACCUCUCACUGUUCAGCACUGAUCUGCAGCUCUGUACUCUCCUGCAUUCCUCCUCUAUUCCUGCUCCACUUCUGUUUCAUUAACCAUAAGCCAUGUAUCUGUGCAGAGCAGCCUUGCAGAGGUUCUCUCCCCUGACACGUCCCUGCAUUACACACCGAGCAGUCCUGCACAGAGAUGUUGUUCCUCGGAGGCUCAUGUCAUCAGUUCCAGGCGGCUCCGGAGAAAACUUAGUCUAUGUAUUGCUGUGUGGUGGAGCCUUUGCUGGUUCUGUAGCAUAUACUUAUAGAACAAUAACCAGAGACAGUGCUCGUUAUUCUGACCGUGUCUCAGAGAUUGCAGCAAGACCAAAGGUUGAGUGGAAACCCAAACCAUGGCCACCGAAGAGUGCUGAAGAAGCAGAAGAGGCUGCUGAGGAAACAGCUGAGACAGUAGUUGAGACUGUAUCUGAGGUUGUCGUAGAUGAUGCAGAGCCUGUUGUACUGGCUGCUGAGGUAAAAACGGAGGCUGGCUCAGUUGUGGAGAAGGUUGCAGAGGUAGUUGUCGAGACGGCGGAAACGGUCGCUGAGGUGGCCAGUGUUGUCGAGAUGACAGCACAAGAGGUGGCAGCGGUAGCUCAUGAGGUGGAGAAGAUUGCAGAAGAGGUUGAGGCAGCAGCAAAAAAGCUGGAAACCACUGUGCUACCUGCUGUCGAGGAAGCAGAUGCAGAGAGCAACGGUACGGCAGCAAGCUCACAACAGGAGGCAGCUACAGACUCAGCUGAGACUGAGGCAUAAAGGGCAUUAGGGGGGCACAUACCCAUGCACACAUGCAAACUAUAUGGUAAAAAGUGCAUUACCCUCAAAAGAUAAUAACUCAACACGCACUAGAUUCCACUAAAGUACCAUGCAAUAAUUUAUUACAACGAAGAGAUGUGUAAAAGCAGAGUAGUGCAUUAUUAAAUUAUAUUUUAUGAUUAGAAAUUA